CCAGCGUACAGCGAUGAGCUUCUGCUUCCUGGAGAGUGGUCUCAAGGACAGACUCGUUCGUACGAUCGGCUCCAGCCGGGACUACAUUCGUGAGCGCGAGCCGUUCGUGGUCGCGGAGUCCAUUUCCGAGAAUCCGCUGCUGUCCGUGCGGAACGUGCGCAUGUACGGCGUGCACGGCGUCCACAUCAAGGAGGCCUCGAUGCGAUGCAACAGCAGCUUCCUCGAGUUGGAGGCUCACCUCGUCUUCCAGAAGCUAGAGGUUGUCUUCGACAUAACGGCGGUCAACGGUAUUUUGAUGGCUGGCGACUCGCAUCUAGUGGCGGAGCCGUUGGAGUUCGAGGCCACCAUCCUGUUCCCGGCCGAGGAAGGAUCGCGCGUGCUGCUCACCUCGCUCCGUGUGCUCGAGCUUCGUGUCUCCCACCUGAACCUGAGCGGGCCGUUUUCGCUGGCCUUGGUGGACGUUUCCAGGUCCAGCGGCUUGUUCACGCUGCGACCGAACAACAAACUUAUAACGCGCGCACUGGUUAGCAUCAUACAGAGAUGCUUGGACAGAGUCGAGUGGAAAGUGUAGCUUAACAUCGGGACAAGUUGUUUUGCAUGUAUGCUUUUCAGAGUGUGUGAGUUAAUGUUCCGGUUAUCUUCUGACGCGAGACAGACAUUCUCUGGCGGCUAUGACUGACAGAUGGUUUCUGGUUCACGCGCAGUCGUCAUCUGCUUAAUCAUCGUCAUGGCGUCGAAUUUCGCGAAUGGAGGGCGUUUCGUCACUGCUUUCCUCGUAUAAAAAGAAAAAAG